AUGGCGCCCAAGACAAAAUUCGAGCUCAAGACCCCCAAGGGCACAAAGGACUGGGAGGGAAAGGAUAUGGUCAUUCGUGACCACAUCUUCAACACCAUCACCCAAGUUUUCAAGCGCCACGGCGGAGUCACAAUUGAUACCCCCGUCUUCGAGCUUAGAGAGAUUCUCGCCGGCAAAUAUGGAGAGGAUAGCAAGCUCAUCUACGAUCUCGCUGACCAAGGUGGUGAGAUCUGCUCCUUGCGAUACGACCUGACCGUCCCCUUCGCCCGCUUCCUCGCCAUGAACAAGCAAAUCCAGAACAUCAAGCGAUACCACAUUGCCAAGGUCUACCGUCGAGAUCAGCCCGCCAUGACCAAGGGCCGUAUGCGAGAAUUCUACCAGUGCGAUUUCGACAUUGCUGGAACCUACGACCCCAUGCUGCCCGACGCCGAGGUUCUCCGUAUCAUCACAGAAGUCUUUGAGGGACUUGGCUGGAACGGUGGAUACACGAUAAAGCUGAACCACAGGAAGAUCCUCGACGGUAUCUUCCAGGUCUGCGGCGUGCCUGAAGACAAGAUCCGCACCAUCUCUUCGGCUGUCGACAAGCUCGACAAGCUACCCUGGGCCGAUGUGCGCAAGGAAAUGACCGAGGAAAAGGGACUUGAUGGCGAGGUCGCUGACCGAAUUGGAGAGUGGGUUGUUCUGAAGGGCAAGCAAGAUCUGCUGAAGAAGUUGCAGAGCACAGAGAGUUUGGCAGCCAACGAGUCCAUGAAGAAGGGUAUGGAGGAUCUUGAACUUCUUUUUGAAUACCUUGAGGCUUUCAACUGCCUGGACCGGGUUUCUUUCGACCUCAGCCUGGCUCGAGGUCUUGACUACUACACCGGCCUCAUCUACGAGGUUGUCACUCAAGGUUCCGCCCCCGAGGUUACCCCCGGUCAGGAGAACACGGAUUCCAAGCCUUCCAAGAAGAAGGGCAAGAAGGGCGGAGAGGAUGAUGACCGCUCUGAUGACCCCACUGUUGGCGUUGGAAGUGUGGCUGCCGGAGGCAGAUACGACAACCUCGUCGGCAUGUUCUCUGGCAAAAGCCAAAUCCCUUGUGUCGGUAUUUCUUUCGGCGUCGAUAGAAUCUUCUCUAUCACCAAGGCCAAGCUGGCUGCCGAGAAGAGUGCCGCCGUCCGCAGUAAUGACGUUGACGUCUAUGUCAUGGCUUUCGGAAAGGGCUUUUUGAAGGAGCGUAUGUCGGUGUGCGCUAAGCUUUGGGAAGCUGGCAUCAAGGCCGAGUUUCUCUACAAAGUCAAGCCUAAGCUCCCUGCGCAAUUCAAGGCAGCCGAGGCUAACGGCGUGCCUUUUGCAAUCUUCCUUGGUGAUGACGAGGUCGCCUCAGGCAAGGUCAAGAUCAAGGAGAUGGGACUUCAGGAGGGUCACCCUGAGAAGGAAGGUAUUCUUGUCUCUCAGGAAGAUAUGGCCAAGGAGAUCAAAGUCCGGCUUCAACGAAAACGCGAGCUCGAUGCGAUGACCACACAGGCCGAAGGCCUCCGAGUGGUCCACGGCAUCAAGGGCGAUGCGAAGGAUGCAGAGAAGAAGGAGGAGGGUGCCAAGCCUGAAACUACACCAGCAGCGGCCGAGCCGGCUCCAGAAACGGAAGAGCAAAGCCCCGCCAACCCAUCGGCGUAG